AUGUAUCAUAGGAUUCUCCCGCGUCUGCUGCAUGCGCCAGCUGCUGUUGCUGCUGCAAGGAGAGCAGCAAAAUUUCGUGCUGCUGCUGCGGUGUACAGACAGCAGCAUUGCUGCUUUACCUCCUCUAACUCCGUAGAAAGCAGGAGCAGCAGCAACAGCAGCAACACAGGUUACCGCAGCAACAACAGCAACACAUGGAGCAUCGCUAACAGCAGCAAUAACAGCAGCAGCAGCAGCAGCAGCAAAUGCAGCAGCAGCAGCAGCAGCAGCAGCAGAAGGACUGUGCUGCAGGAGACACUUAGAAAUCAUAGAGGAGACAUUCGCGGCAUUUGUAGACAUUCUAACGAAAGGGACAUCGACCUGCUGCUGCAGCAGCUGCUGGCACACUCGCUGCAGCAGCAGCAGCAGCAGCAGCAUAUUCAGCAGCAGCAGCGGCAGCAGAGUCAUCAGCAGCAGCAGAUUCAGCAGCAGCAGCAGCACCAACAGGGGAUCGGUUUCGAUUCUGCUUACGUAGAGGAAAGUGAUGCGCAGCAGCAGCUGCAGCAGCAGCAGGAUGCAGGCGCGUCAGCAGCAGCAGCAGCAGAUUCAGCAGUAGCUGCAGCUGCACCUGUUGCUGCUGCUGCGGCUGCUGCUGCUGCUGCUGCUGCUGCUCCACAAAAUGCGAAGCAGUACUACGUAAGGAGAGCAAUAGCUCGCUUGCUGCAGCUCAAAGGGGCAGCAGCAACAGCAGCAGCAGCAGAAGCAGCAUUCCUGCUUGGCUGCUACGGGCGUCCUUGCUGCAGAGACACCUGGUUGCUGCUGCAGCAGCAAGCCUUGCUGCUGCUGCAGCAAGGAGACUUUAUUACUGCAGCAAAGAUUUGCUGCGGCUAUUUAAAUCUGCUGUUUGUACACCGCAAGCCCCCCACUGCAGCACCUGCUGCAGCAGCACCUGCAGCAGCAGAAGCAGCAGAAGCAGCAGCAGCAGCAGCAGUCCCCACACCCGACACGACAGGUUCCCUCCACUGGGACGGAGACGAAGACUCCACAGCAGCAGCAGCAGCAGCAGCAGAAGCAAAUAGGUCAGCAGCAGUCCUGUCAUCAGCAGCAGCAGCAGCAAAUGGGGACGAUGAGCAGCAGCAGGCAGCAGCAAAGCUGUUUCUUGCGCUGCAGCAGCACGUGCGCACCAAAGUAGCAGCAACAGCAGCAGCAGAAGCAGAAACAGCAGCAGCAAUCAUUCCUUUCAACAACCCAACAGAAGAAGAAGCAGCAGCAGCACCUGCAGCAGCAGCAGCAGCAGCAGCAGCAAUAGAAGCACCACCACAACUACCCGCAACAGCAGCACCAGUUGCUGCUGCUGCUGAUGCAGCUGCACAGCCAGCAGCAACUCUUUCUGCAGCAUCAGGUGCAGCAGCAGCACUUCCUGCAGAAGCAGAAGCAGCAGCAGCAGCAGCAGCGCCUGCUGCUGCUGCUGCUGAUUUGCUGACAUGGGAGGAUGCAGUAUGGUACCUAAAGAUGGUUAGCUGCUGCAGAUGUGUACAAGAUUUGCUGCUGCUGCAGCAAAUAUGCAGGUGGCUUGCCUAUUCAAUGCAUGCGCUGCAGCAGCAGCAGCAGCAGCAGCAAAAACAGCAGCGGCAAACACAACAAGAGGGAUUGUUGCUGUCAACUGCUGCGCAGCAGCAGCAGCGGAAAAAUGUGGUGCUGCUGGGCUUGCCCCAGCAGCUCCUGCAGCAGCAGCAGCAGCAGCAGGUAUUGCCACAGGAGCAGCAGCAGCAACAGCAGCAGCAGCAGCAACAGCAGCAGCAGCUGCUGCUGCAGCUGCAGCAGCAACUAAUGACAGAUGUGGUGGAAGUACUUCGUUGUCUAUAUGAAUUGCUGCAUGUAGAUGUGCCGCUGCUGUCUGCUGCUGCUGGUUUGCUGCAGCAGCAAGCUGUGCUGCUGCCUGCUGCUGCUUGCUGCAGCAGCUUAUACUACUUAGCACAGCUGCGGUAUAAUGACCCUGCUGCUGCUGCUGCAGUAGCAGCACAUCUUGUUAAUAACAAGCAGAUUGCUGCUAUACCACUGCAGCAGAUGUCGCUGCUGCUGCAGGCACUGCAGCAGCAGCGGAUGCGCGACGACUUGCUGCUUGCUGCAUGCUGCAGCAGUUUGCUGCAACGGGUCCCUCGUCUGCUGCAGCUGCUGCCGCAUCUGCCUCCGCAGCAGCAGCAGCAGCAAAGCCGGCACAUCAUUACUAUAGUUCACUGUUUGGUAAUGGGGGGUGCAUGCAGCAGCUCGGCGCUGCAGCAGCUGCUGCCGCUGCUGCAGCAAGCAGCAGCAGCAGCAGCAGCAGAAUCUGCUGUAUUAGCUUGGCAUGCAGUGGUCACCUUAGGGGCUUGGGCUGGUCCAUUAAGAGCAUUAGUUAAGCAAAAGGUCCUCAUACACCUGCAGCAGCAGCAGCAGCAGCAGCAGCAGCUCCUCCUGCAGCAGCAGCAGCAGCACCAGCUGCUGAGGUUGGGCUCCUCUGCUUUGCUGGCAGCAACUAGCCUUUGUUAUCACCAUCUUGGAUUCUAUGACGCCCCGCUGCUGCUGCAAAUUGCUGCUGCUGCUGCUCGUGGGCUGCUACAGCAGCAGCAGCAGCAGCAGCAGCAGCAAUCGAAGCACACAGUCCUUGCGGCUUCAUUCCUUAGGAGAGCUCUCUAUGGCCUCCACCACCUUGCAGCAACACCGCGAGAUUUUCCGCAGCAGCAGCAGCAGCAGCAGCAGCAACAGCAGCAGCAGCAGCAGCAGAGGGAGCAGCUUCAAGCUGCUGCAGCAGCGGGGUCCGAAGUGGAACAACAACAGCAGCUGCAGCUGCAGCAGCAAGCUGCUGCUCCCCUUCCCCUGUGCAGCAGCAACAACAGCAACAGCAACAACAGUUCUAACAGCAGCACCAGCAGCAGGAGCAGCAGGAACAGCAGCAGCAGCAGCAGCAGCAGCAGCAAUGAGAUGUCAGUCUUUGUAUUGAGCAAAGGUCGUUAUAGCCCACAGGUGCAGCACUCCCCCUGGCUAGCUGCUCCUCUCUCCUUGCUGCAGCAGCUGCUGCUGCCUCCUCCUCUUCCUACUCAGCAGCAGCACGAGGAGGAGGAGAAGGAAUGUUUGCUGCUGCAGCUGCUGCAGGGGAAGCAGCAAGUGCUGCCUAGGAAGAGCAGCAGCUUACAUGAGGAAGUUUUCCUUUCUUUGCCUAAUUUGCUGCGCGCUGCUGCUGCAGCAGAGGUGACCAUUGGUCCAUUCGUUGUUGAUACUCUUAUACAGCAGCAGGAACUGCAGCAGUGGCAGCAACAGCAGCAGCAGCACGAGCAGCAGCAGCAACAGCAAAGAGAGCAGCAGCAACCGCAGAAGAAGAAAAAACAAAAGAAAAAAGAGCAGCAGCAAAAAGGUACAGCAACAAGAACAGACAGCAGCAAAGGCAAAAAGAAACAAAUUGAACAGCAGCAGCCUGCUGCUGCUGCUGCUGCUUCUGCUGCUGCUGCUGCACCGCCGACCACCGCAGCAGCUUCUGCUGCAGGUCAUAGAAAUGGGGAAGCAAAGAAAUCUACAAGAAGAGCCAAGUCUACCAGCAGCAACAGCAACAGCAGCAGCAGCAAGGAAGGCAGCAGCAACAACAGCAAAAGCAGCAGCAGCAAAGGCAACAACAGCAAAAGCAACAGCAACAAACGCAACAGCAGCAGCAGCAACAGCAGCAGCAGCAGCAGCAGCAAAAGUAGCAGAUGA